AUGACUCACACAAAGGUUCCUGAUGAGAUAUUUCCAAUCACAACAUUUAUUUCGGAGCUACCGAGCAGUCUCGUUCCGCAGUCCCUCCCAUCAUCUUCCGAAAAUGGCCCUGUCAGCAGACGCUUGGUCAUUGUAGGCGAUGUGCAUGGGAUGAGAAAAUCCCUGGAGGCGCUCCUAGUCAAAGUUGGCUUCGACAAAGGCAAAGGAGAUCAUCUAAUACUAACUGGCGACCUGGUCAAUAAAGGGCCCGAUAGUCCUGGUGUUGUCGAUCUGGCUGUUAAGCUAGGCGCCAGCGCAGUGAGAGGCAACCAUGACAAUGCAGUUCUUAAUGCGGCUGCUGAGAUCAAAGCCACAAGGGAUAGUCUACAGCAAUCUGGAGGCUUGACGGGCAGUCAGGCCUUACCCAAAAAUCCUGAAGUUGACGUGCCUGGGGAUACUCUCCAAGAUUUUAAGAAUCCUGACAAAGGCGCAUCUGCUACAACCGGCGCUAGUAUGAAACAUAGCGCAGCAACAUAUACCACAGCGUUGGCACUUUCAACCCGCCAGCUCGACUGGCUUGCCACUUUGCCGUUGAUCUUGCGCGUCAAGCUACCUCCUAACUUGACGUCCCCCUCCCCCUUCGGCGAUACUUUGAUUGUUGUACAUGCCGGCCUCGUUCCUGGUAUUCCACUCGAAGCGCAGGACCCACACGCUAUCAUGCAUAUGCGGUCUCUCGACCGCACACCUGGUGACGAGAGUGAACUCAAACCUGCUGAGGCCUCUGGGGAAGAAGGCUGGGCUAUGGAAUGGGAUCGAUGGCAAGAUAAGGUAGCAUCCAAGACCACUGUGAUAUUUGGUCACGAUGCAAAGCGUCGUUUGCAGCUGGGCAGGUAUACAAUCGGACUGGAUUCAGCAUGUUCAUACGGCCAUCGUUUAAGCGCGCUUGUGAUUACGGCCUCCGACAGGGAAAUUGAGCAUCAGAUUAUUCAAGUCGAAUGCGCUGAUGAGCCUGUACCCCCAACGGCAUAG